GCUCAGGGCUUUACUCAUGGCUAUUGGGGUUCAGACAGGGUCUCAUUCUGUGUCCCUGGCUGGCCUUGAAUGCACAGAACUCCACCUGCCUCUGCGAUGAGAAUUCUGGGAUUUGGGAUUCUUUAAAAACACAAACACGGAACUGUUAUCUUGUUGUAAGCCCAGGAGUGAGAUGUGGGGCUGCUUCAGAUGUCCACAGCAGCUGACUAUGAUUUAUGCUGACUAUGAUAUGCUCUAGCAGAGGCGUGGUUUUGUUAGCUGCAGGUAAUUUCUAAGAUUGGGUGACAUUUGGAAUUCUGGGAACUUUUCAGAGGGUGCAUACAUGCCAGGGCUCUGAGAGCUGGGGUUGGUUGUGGUUUGUUAGCAGUUGUGCUCAAAGAAGAAACAAGAAAGGAAAGAAAUUCCGUUCAAGGCUCUCUUUCUCUCUCACCUCUCUCGUUUCUCUCCUAUCUAGUGAUAGGACUGAAAUGGGAGUGGGGGUGGCAAAAAGAAGAACCCACAAAGUAGCAAAGGCUGGCUACAUGCCUCUGCCUCCUGAGCCCUAGUAUUAAAGGUGUGGCCUGUUAAUUUACCUUCCACAGUCCCGGGGGCUGUUGGCUUCUUGCCUAGAGUAGGAAACUAAGGCUCCAGAGCCCUGGUAAGGACAGCCUGGGAAUGAACACACACUACACACACACACACACACACACACACACACACACACACACUACACACACACACUCAUACACACACACUACACACACACACACUCAUACACUACACACACACUACACUCACACACUCACACACUACACACACACACACUCAUACACUACACACACACCAUACACACACCACACACACACACUCAUACACUACACACACACCAUACACACACACACUCACACACUACCUACACACACACACUCACACACUACACACACACCACACACUACACAUACACACACACACACACACACACACACACACACACACAAUGCAUAGGCCCUGGGGCAGGGGGCCAGCAACCAAGGGCUGAGCCUUGGAGGGGCACCCACAACUAAGGGAGGCAUUUUACUUUGAAAGCCAUGGAAUCAUCUAGAAAUCCAGGUCAGAGAGAAGGCUGGAGUUGAGUGGAGUGGAGCAUCUUUACCAAGACCACGCAGGACAGCACUCCACAGGACACUUGCUUACAAAUGGUGACUGCCCAGGGGAUAGCUACUGAGGCUGCCCCGCAGUGCCCUGGCUCAGCCCUGCAUAACCUUCCCCACAAUACAGAAAGAAGUGAGGCUGGAGGGAGGGUGCGGACCCUGUUGCUGUGGAGAUUGCUAGAGGACCUAAGUGGCCUCAAGAGGCCCGUGCUGCAGUUACAGUAAACUGCCCUUUGUGGCCAGCAAGUAAUUAAAUGUGAAUAGCAUCCCCGCUGUGUCUCCUGCAGAUGGCUGUGAGUCACCAGACAAUCUGGGCUCACUGGUGAUAGUGGGCAGCCCCACACCAACCCCCUACACACACACACACACACACACACACACACACACACACACACACACACACACACGUGCGCGCGCACCUCCCACAGAUGCCCAGUGGGUGGUGCUUGGCAGCCAUGGCUACCCAAGCUGAGGUGUGACCAUGGUGACAAGCUGGAUGUGGUCAAGCCAGGGGUGUGGCUAAGAUGCCCUGGGCACCAGCCUGGCUGCCAUUGGCCCCUGACUUCUGUGUUCCCUUUGUUUGUUCAUUCCUUUGAGUUUUGAAAAAAGUCUUGAACUCUAGCCCACCCUCUCUGACAUCAACUCUGAGCCAUCCUCCUGCCUCUGCCUCUGUUGGUGACAAACAGCCCAUGAUCCUCAAGUGGCGGAUCCUGUCAGCCACCAAUGACCUGGACCGUGUAUCAGCUGUGGCACUGCCGAAACUGCCCAUCUCACUCACCAACACUGACCUCAAGGUGGCCAGUGACACCCAGUUCUAUCCAGGCCUUGGCUUGGCGCUGGCCUUCCAGGACGGCAGCGUGCACAUGGUGCAUCGGCUAUCCCUUCAGACCAUGGCUGUAUUCUACAGCUCGGCCCCACGCUCUCUGGAUGAGCCUGCCCUGAAGCGCCCACGCACCACAGGCCCCGCUGUACACUUCAAGGCCAUGCAGCUGUCCUGGACUUCGCUGGCCCUGGUGGGCAUCGAUAACCACGGGAAGCUCAGCAUGCUGCGCAUCUCUCCGUCCCUGGGCCACGCGCUGGAGCCCAAGCUGGCCCUGCAGCAUCUGCUGUUCCUGCUGGAGUACUGCAUGGUGACUGGCUACGACUGGUGGGACAUCCUGCUCCACGUGCAGCCAGGCAUGGUGCAGAGCCUGGUGGAGCGGCUGCACGAGGAGUACACACGCCAGAAGCCUGCCCUGCAACAGGUCCUCUCCACCCGGAUCUUAGCCAUGAAGGCCUCGCUGUGCAAGCUGUCACCCUGCACCAUGGCUCGUGUGUGUGACUACCACACCAAGCUGUUCCUCAUGGCUAUCACGUCCACCCUCAAGUCGCUGCUGCGCCCACACUUCCUCAACACCCCUGACAAGAGCCCUGGAGACCGCCUGGCCGAGAUCUGUGCCAAGAUCACCGAUGUUGACAUCGACAAAGUCAUGAUCAACCUGAAGACAGAAGAGUUUGUUCUAGACAUGAACACUUUGCAGGCGCUGCAGCAGUUGCUACAAUGGGUGGGAGACUUCGUGCUCUACCUCCUGGUCAGCCUGCCCAACCAGGGUGCUGAGCACAGUUCUGGCCUCCCCGACUCUGCCAGCCAUGGCCCUGUGCUGAAGUCACAUGUGUCCCCUGACUUCACCAAGGGCUCCGCACUGAGGCCGGGCCACAGCUUCCUCCGGGAUGGUGCCUCACUGGGUAUGCUGCGGGAAUUGAUGGUUGUCAUCCGAAUAUGGGGCCUACUGAAGCCCAGUUGCCUGCCCGUCUAUACAGCCACCUCAGACACCCAGGACAGCAUGUCCCUGCUCUUCCGGCUGCUCACCAAGCUGUGGAUUUGCUGCCGUGACGAAGGCCCAGCCAGUGAGCCCGAUGAGGGCUUGGUGGACGAAUGCUGCCUGCUGCCCAGCCAGCUGCUGGUCCCCAGCCUGGACUGGCUUCCUGCCAGUGACGGCCUGGUCAGUCGCCUGCAGCCCAAACAGCCCUUGCGCCUGCGCUUCGGCAGGGCACCCACCCUGCCCAGCAGCACCUCCAUCCUGCAGCUGGACGGCCUCACCAGGGCCCCUGGGCAGCCCAAGAUCGACCACCUUCGGAGGCUACACCUGGGUGCCUACCCCACGGAGGAGUGCAAAGCCUGCACCAGGUGUGGCUGUGUCACCAUGCUGAAGUCACCCAACAAGACAACUGCUGUGAAACAGUGGGAACAGCGGUGGAUCAAGAAUUGCCUGUGUGGUGGGCUGUGGCGGAGAGUGCCUCUCAGCUGUUCCUGAGCCACAGCCCGCCAGUCUGCGUAUGUACAGCCACUCUCUGAACAGAUGCAGGGGACUGUCUGUGAUGAAACAUUGACAUCCUCACUGGGGCACUGGCACCGGCAGCAGCCUGGGUCUGCCCCUUCUCGGGGCGUGUGCGUCUCCAGUCCCAUGGUUUUAUCCAGCCCAGCUUGAAGGAGCUGGGCUGCUCUGUGUUCAUCCUUUAAAACACCACAGCCCAUAUGCCCCUGUCCUGAUUGGGGUAUCUGCCUCAGUUUCCCUUUGGGACCUAUGGGAGGGGAAGACUAGCCCAAUAAAGUUCUCUUGUACCCCA